CGCACUAUGCCUAACUGCAAGCAUUUGUUAUUUACUUAUAUCAAUGUACAUAGAAAUCGUUGUUUAAAAUUAUGAUUGGGCCUUAUGAUCGAAUGAUUGAACCGAAAGUCAUUCUUUCUUUUAGUUCUCUUUAUCGAUGUAAAGCUUUGUCAGAUCAUUAAAUAAAUAUCCUUCAAGCGAAACAAGUCGUUCUUUAUUAAUUCGUCUUACAAAAUCCCCUACAAUUCAUCAGAAGUGAGAUAAUCCACGUUUUAAAAUAGUUUGUGAAAAAAAAAAAUUUUUGUCUGUUCUUUCCAUCGAAAAAAAAUCGUGUUUUUUCUCUUGCAAUAAUUAAUUAAAACAAUUAAAUAUGUCGCAAGCGUGGACAAAGUUCUUAAAUGAAGCAACAAUCGUUGUUCUCAAAGCUGUGUUAAGAUCUUUAUUGCUUCCAACCAGUGGUUCAAAAGCUGAAUUAAAGCGACGUGUGGAAGUUGGAGUAAAAGAUCUCACAGACGACGAUCUGCGAAAGCUCAUACAAGAGACUUCUAGAGAAUCCACCGUUGAAUCUGCCGACGAACAGUUUUCUGAUGCUGAGGACAACAACGAGGAGCCACGUUCGGAGGAAGAAAUUCUGGAUGAGGAAUUAGAAAAACUUCAUCGGAUUUUUAAGAAGAAACAGGAGAUUCAUAAACUGCAAAAACAGCUUCAAGAAUUUCAACUCGAGGAGUCUGCAACCAGUACCAAAUCGACUACAGUUUGUUUCAGGGAUAUUAAAGACUCCAUACCCCCUUUUAGUGGCGACGACAAUUUACCUGUGCAACGUUGGAUAGAACAAUUCGAAGACUAUUCCGAAAUCUUAGGCCUGGAUGAAAGAAGUAAAUUUCUUUACGGGAAAAGACUUUUGACAGGUACAGCCAAAUUAUACAUCAGAACAAUCAUCACAAAAAGUUGGCAAGAUAUGAAAACUUAUUUGAUCAAUGAGUUUAAAAAGAACGUGACUAAGGCUGAUGUAUACAGUGAUCUUCAAAAUAGAAAAAAACGUCAUGACGAGACUUUCCAGCAGUACGUUCUUUCGAUGAUGGAAAUAGCUUCACAAAGUGUCAUUGAAGAAGAAGACAUUAUUCAAUUUAUAAUUAAAGGAAUCGCAGAUGUUGAAAUUAAUAAGUCAAUUUUGUAUAACGCCAACACCAUCAUUGAAUUAAAAUCAGCCUUACGCAAAUAUGAGAAGUUAAAGCGCAAUUGCCGAAACAAUUUUUCUGACGUCAGGCCAUCGAGAAGUACACCAAAUAGUUCUCAUGCACGCAACAUUACACCAAGCCGAUCAAAUGUCACAAAUCAAGGUUUUAAUCGUAUCAACACUCAAACAACACCUGAUAAGCGAGAAGUUUCGUGUUUUAAGUGUGGGAAGCAGGGACACAUUUCACCCCACUGCUCUGCGAAGAAAUCAGUCAUGAUUGUGAAUACGAAAGAUCAAGUCGAAGAAAAAGAAAAAAUUGAUUUACCAGCCAGCGUGAACACAUGUGAAGAGAGCGAAUCAUCAAGCAAUGAAUUCGAGAAAAUCAUCAGCUUUAAUUUUGUCAGUGAUCAAAUGGACUCAUCAGCAACACUCUUGACUCUUUUGGAUUCAGGGUCCCCCAUCAGUUUUGUUCAAGCUAAGUAUAUACCUCCGUUUUUGAUAUCAACAUUAGACCUGAGAAGCCAUAAAUAUGUUGGAGUAAACAACAGCCCGCUGGAUGUACUAGGAAGUAUAAGUUGUAUCAUAUCUUUUGAAAAUUCAUUUAUAAAUUUACAAAUGUUAGUUGUUAAGAAUAAUUCAAUGUCUUAUCCUGUAAUCUUAGGUAGAGAUUUCAUGGGCAAAAAUGGUUUGGUUCUACAACAACAAAAGAAGAAUUAUGUAAAUGAAAUUGAUCGAGAUCUCCAAUUGUCAUCUGGCGUUCGUGAUGCUCCAGCUACAAGUCAAAAUAAUGAGCUGAUAACUACAGGUGAUGAUGUCAACUUUGUUUUUAAGGUUAUGAAUAUUGACCUGAGUUGCAAUGGGAGUCUCAUCACCUUCUAAUAUGAGGCCAUUUUUGACUAAAUAUAUCUUGGAACAUGACGAAGACGCGAAUGACGUUGGAGAUCAUGAUAACAAUGAUUUUAAUAAAUAAAUAAAAAAAAAAUGAAAGAUAAAAACCAAAC